CCAGGAAAAUGUCACGCUUGACCUCUCGUUCAAUAAUCUCACAGGAGAAAUCCCGAAAAAUGUAGCUUUUGUCAAUUAGAAAACGUUCGCUGGAAACCCGGAUCUAUUAGGGAAGCCACUGAAGAACCUACGUGUCGUGACUUAUGUUCUUUCUGCUCCACCCAAUGUCUCUGAAAUUACUUCUCCUCCUGCAUUUGCAACUAUUCCAAACACCAUAGACUCGACACCUGUAGCUGGGUCAUCUGGAACGAUGAAUGGGACUCAACAACGAAGGUAGAGGGGUCUCAGACUAGGAACAAUUAUUGCAGGCAUCAUCUUUGGGGAUUUGGCUGGUAUCGGAGUUCUGGCUAUGAUAUUCUAUUAUGUUUACCAAAUAAGGAAGAGAAGGAAGAAGGUGGUCAGUAGUACAGGAAGCGCAGAGAAGAAAGACAAAAUGGACGAGAAAGAUAUCUGGCCUUUGUCAUCAACAGAACCAAAGACGUGCUGGUGCCUGGGAAAGAAAAAUGAUGACGGCGAAGAGACGUCUGAGAUGACGAGUACUAAUAGUGAUGAAGACGAAGAGGAAAAGGUGGGUGAUGAACAACAGAAAAAGCAGCAAUAACAGAAGGGAGGGUCUCUUAUAACUAUAGACGGAGAAACGGAGUUGGAGCUGGAGACUCUACUGAAAGCAUCGACUUAUGUAUUAGGAGCGACUAGUUCGAGCAUAGUAUACAAGGCCGUGCUGGAGGACGGGACGACGCUGGCGGUGCGAAGGAUCGGUGAGAGUGGUAUAGAGUGAUACAGAGAUUUCGAGAAUUGGGUCAAACUUAUAGCUAAAUUGCGCCAUCCCAAUCUGGUGCGCAUACGAGGGUUCUACUGGGGUUUCGAGGAGAAACUCGUCAUCUACGAUUACGUCCCUUGUGGUAGCCUCGCCAACUUCGGUUACAGAAAUGCCCUCAUGUCGAUUAAGGCGUCCUUUAGUAAUGUAGCUAACGUACUCCUCGAUUGGGACGAUGCGCGCAACGAGGAUUACUGUUCUUGGCGAGGCGUGUCUUGCGACAAUGUCACAUUCUCUGUUGUCUCUCUGAAUUUAUCGAAUUUGAACCUGGGUGGGGAAAUAUCGCCCGCCAUUGGAGACCUGAGGAAUUUACAGGCAACAGAUUUGAAAGGGAAUCGAUUAAUCGGCCAAAUUCCAGAUGAGAUUGGCAACUGUGUUUCUCUUAAAACUCUGGAUUUAUCUGAUAAUUCUUUUUAUGGUGAUAUACCCUUCUCAUUAUCCAAACUUAAGCAACUCGAAGAUUUGACUUUGAAGAACAAUCAGUUGACUGGACCCAUUCCUUCUACUCUGUCUCAGCUACCAAAUCUGAAGACCUUGGAUCUUGCUCAUAAUCAGCUUACUGGUGAAAUACCAAGGCUAAUCUAUUGGAAUGAAGUACUUCAAUAUCUGGGGUUACGUGGCAACUCCUUGACAGGAGCAUUGUCCCCUGAUAUGUGCCAAUUGACUGGCCUAUGGUUCUUCGACGUGAGGGGGAAUAACCUGACUGGAAAGAUCCCUGAUAGCAUUGGAAACUGCACGAGUUUUGAAGUCCUGGAUAUCUCGUAUAACCAGAUCACAGGGGAAAUUCCCUACAAUAUUGGUUUCCUGCAAGUGGCCACCCUGUCGCUUCAAGGUAAUAAGCUCACAGGGAGGAUUCCAGAAGUUAUUGGUCUAAUGCAGGCUCUAGCUGUAUUGGAUUUAAGUGAGAAUGAACUAGUUGGCCCAAUUCCUCCGAUACUUGGCAAUCUCUCUUAUACUGGCAAAUUGUACCUACAUGGCAACAAGCUUACUGGUCCAAUUCCACCCGAGCUAGGGAAUAUGUCAAAACUUAGCUAUUUGCAGUUGAACAACAAUGAGCUAGUUGGUGGAAUUCCGGCAGAGCUUGGGAAGUUGGGGGGACUGUUUGAACUGAAUCUGGCAAAUAACAAUCUAGAAGGCCCCAUUCCACAAAACAUCAGCUUUUGCACGGCACUAAACCAAUUUAAUGUGCAUGGUAAUAGAUUGAGUGGCCCCAUCCCAUCUGGUUUUCGCAAUCUAGGGAGCCUGACAUACCUGAAUCUUUCAUCUAACAACUUCAAAGGCAAAAUACCUGUUCAGUUGGGACGAAUUAUCAAUCUUGAUACUCUGGAUCUGUCCAGCAAUGAUUUUUCAGGACCAGUUCCAGCUUUGAUUGGUGACUUGGAGCACCUUCUUACCCUGAAUUUGAGCAAGAAUUGUCUCAAUGGACCUGUUCCAGUAGAAUUUGGAAACCUCAGGAGUGUGCAAGUCAUUGACAUGUCCUUCAACAAGCUGUCUGGAAGGAUCCCUGAAGAGUUGGGUCAGUUGCAAAAUAUUGUUUCCCUUAUUCUGAAUAAUAACAACCUUCAUGGGGAAAUCCCAACUCAGUUGAUCAACUGUUUUAGCCUAGUAGAGAUGAAUGUCUCGUUCAACAAUUUAUCAGGAGAUAUUCCAGCGAUAAAAAAUUUUACUAGGUUUCCCCCAGAAAGUUUCUUGGGAAAUCCAUUGUUAUGUCGCAACUGGUUGGGGUCAUCCUGUGGACCAUAUGCUCAGGAAUCCAAAGCCAUCUUCUCCAGAGCUGCAAUUGUAUGUAUAACCAUGGGCUGUCUGACGCUACUGUCGAUGGCUUUAGUUGUGAUAUACAGAUCCAGCCAACAAAGGGACUUCAUUAAGGAAUCAAACAAAAUGGUGCAAGGCCCACCGAAGCUAGUAAUUCUCCACACGGACAUGGCUCUUCACACCUAUGAAGACAUUAUGAGGAUUACGGAGGAUCUGAGUGAGAAGUACAUAAUUGGCUAUGGUGCUUCAAGCACAGUGUACAAGUGUGUUCUUAAGAACUCCAAGUCCAUUGCCAUCAAGCGACUCUACAAUCAGUACCCGCACAAUUUGCGAGAAUUUGAGACUGAACUUGAAACCAUUGGUAGCAUCAAACACAGAAACCUUGUUACUUUACACGGCUAUUCACUUUCGCCACAUGGAAACCUCCUGUUCUACGAUUACAUGGAGAACGGUUCCCUUUGGGGUCUUCUUCAUGGGCCAUCAAAGAAGGUUAAGCUUGACUGGGACACCAGGUUGAAAAUAGCAGUUGGAGCUGCUCAAGGACUUGCAUACCUUCACCAUGACUGCAACCCUAGGGUCAUUCACAGAGAUGUCAAGUCCUCAAAUAUACUUCUUGAUGAGAACUUCGAUGCACAUCUCUCUGAUUUUGGAAUUGCCAAAUGCAUUUCAUCAGCGAAGACCCAUUCCUCAACUUUUGUGAUGGGUACAAUUGGAUACAUAGAUCCAGAGUAUGCACGCACGUCCCGCCUGAACGAAAAGUCAGAUGUUUACAGCUUUGGGAUUGUUCUUCUCGAGCUGCUCACUGGGAAGAAGGCUGUAGACAACGAAUCCAAUUUACAUCAACUGAUACUGUCGAAAGCAGAUGAUAACACAGUGAUGGAGGUAGUCGAUCCGGAGGUUUCUGUGACAUGCAUGGAUAUGGGCCUCGUUAGGAAGACAUUCCAACUUGCCUUGCUCUGCACGAAACGAAACCCCUCUGAGAGACCGACCAUGCAUGAGGUUGCACGAGUGCUGGUUUCCUUGUUGCCACCUCCACCCUCCAAGUCAUGUACGUUAUCUCCAAAACUAAUCAAUUAUGCACAGUUUGUAGUAAACAAAGAAGGGAAACAACACCAUCACCAGCAACAAGGACAACAGGACAAUUGUUCAUCUGAUGCUCAGUGGUUUAUGAAGUUUGGCGAAGUUAUAUCAAAGACUACCCUGUUAUGAUCCUCUUAUCCUGAUACUUCAACGAUAUAGGCACCAAAUUUUGCUUCAACUGGUGCAUACCACAGACUAAUAUUUUUUUUGCCAAACAUGGAUUUUUGAGCACCGCAGGAAGGUAUUUUUGCUACAGUUGUGAUGGUUAUUGCCCGAACCGAAACCCCACCAAAAAUAGGAUAGAACUUGAAAAAGAAGAAUGAAUGAAGGAAUUGGCUUUUAUUUUCUUCCUUAUACCGUACAUAGUCAAUUUCCAUAAUCUUUGUAUUAUCCCUAAAAUCUACGGUUGGUAUUGUGAUUUCCUCAAGAAAAGAAACUAUAUUUUUGGCAGCAAAUCAGCAAUCCAAGCCUAAA